UGGCCCUGCCAGGGUUCUGGUUCCGGAAGGCCCUUGCCAGGUGCCUCAGGCCUCACUCCCACCUGGGCGCAACGCGGCGCUGAAGACAUGGGCGUGAGCGUCCCCCCGUGCCUGGGGCAGCUGGACAUCCGCAAAACUGUGGUGGGCCUGGCCAUGGGCGCCGGGGCCAUCUACCUGCUCUACAAGGCCAUCAGGGCUGGCAUAAAAUGCCAGCCGCCCCUCUGCAGCAACUCGCCCAUCUGUAUCGCCCGUGAGUGUUCGGGCCCUGGGGAGAGGGCUCUGCCCCAGGAGGCACCCGCUCCCGAGGCCUCCAGUGUGGGAGGGCCCAAAGGCCUGGCAAUCGAACGAGAACGGCAUGGGCGGGACUCAGGUGAGCUCCGGAGGCUUCUCAACUCUUUGGAGUGCAAACAGGAUGAGUACGCCAAGAGCAUGAUCCUGCACAGUAUCACGCGCUGUGUGUACUUGCUGGAGGCUGAGGCCUCUGCUUGUUCUACUGAUGACAUCGUGUUGGUGGGCUCCAUGCUGGAUGACAAGGACAACAGUGUCAAAAUCCAAGCUCUGAACACACUUAAAGCUUUCUCUGGCAUCAGAAAAUUCAGGCUCAAAAUCCAGGAACACUCCAUCAAGGUACUGGAACUGAUCUCCACCAUCUGGGACUCAGAGCUGCACGUCGCAGGCCUCAGACUCCUCAACAACCUUCCACUGCCCGACUUUGUGCAUCCACAGCUGCGACGGGUGAUGCCUGCCUUGAUGGAGAUCCUGCAGUCAGACUAUAUUCUGGCACAGGUGCAAGCUGCACGGUUGCUGAGCUACCUAGCACAGAAGAAUGACCUUCUGUAUGAUAUUCUCAACUGCCAGGUGCGCUCUAACUUCCUGAACCUGUUCCAGUCCACACAGCCGGGGGGUCUGCUGUUCGAGGUACUGGUGUUUGCCGAGCGGCUGAGUGAGGGCCGGAAUUCACCCCACUACCGUGCCGUGAAAUGGCAUUACAACGAACAGUCUCUGCAUGAAGCUCUCUUUGGGGAUGAGUCACGACUGGCAGACCGGCUGCUCGCCCUGGUCAUCCACCCUGAGGAGGAGGUUCAGAUUCAGGCCUGCAAGGUCAUAGUCAGUCUGCAGUGCCCCCAGGACGUGGGAGUCCGGCCCUCCUCCUGCCAGUCCAGUCAUUCCUACUUUAAUAAUGGGGAAUAAAA